AUGUGCGAUUUAAAUUGGUGUCCUGUCUGUGAUACGGCCAUCGCACCGGAUUGUCAAUCGUUGUAUUGUUCUGAAGCCUGUCUUCAAGCGGAUGCUCUGAAUAAGAAUCCACUUUUAGGGUAUGAUUUUUCUGAAUUUCAGGGAUUCCUGAAGAGUCCCUCUGCGCGA